AUGGUCUGCCUCUACUUCAAUCAUUUUCUUUUUCAUGCCUCUCCCUCUCUCAUUACAGCACCCUCCGCCGUGGACAUUUCUCCCUUAUGUCCCGCAGAUUCUCGAUCCUCCUCAGUCACGAUCGGACGCCUAGAUGUGGACUAUGUUGACGGCCAUCCCACGCAACCCAACCAGCCCACAAUCUUCAACGUUGAGAAUUUAGAAACAUCCUAUUUGCAAGUCCCUCCUAGCGCCCCAUUUCAGGCUAAGCACCAACACUGCAAUCACGUGACGUGUCAUGCAGAAGACAACUGCAGUCGGAGAUCGCACCUGGACCCCUGGCAGCAUCCCCAGCAUCGGCACCGACAGUACAGCCAAACGGACAGUUCCAUCGUCAGCAGUCUGACUCAG